ACGGAUGGAGUGCUUUCUCAAGUCAGUAUAGUAACACCAUCACAUCAUCGGUCUCCUCGCCAAAUCGCACUGACUCUCUGUAUUCGGUGUGGAAAUGUGCCAGUUGGUUAGUUCGCAGUGAAUAUUGAUGAAGUGAAUAUAUCGCUCCACAACGAAAAAGAAAGAGUGCUGAUGUCAUUUAUAUGGGAACAGUUGAAAUAUUACAAAUUUGACGGAAGAAGAGAGACAGAUCUACCAGCAAAUAUCCAUUACAGGUUUUUUUCCAUAGUGUUCCAAUUGUCAUUAGUAUAAUCGGAAACUGUGCGAACAUCGAAAUUAUCAGUACAGUGUGACUGAAUCGCUCUAAAUGCUCCAAUUGUCGUUUUUGGAAAGUGAUCAAGGCCAAAAUCGACGACGUUUUUUAACAUACAGAGCGAAAGAGAGUGACAGACAGACAUAAAAAAAUCGAUUGCAACACAAAAUUGGAUUUUCGGUAAAGUGAAGUGGACUGAUUGCAAAUUAAAAGAAGUGAAAAGUCACGAAAGAAAAAAAAAACAUUACACUCAAAUAGAUAAAAAUUCAAAAUGACCGAUGAUUUACUAAAGAGAAUAGCUCGUGGUGGCGGAUGUCGAUUGUGUCUUGCUCCCGAUACGGAAUGUGUUCCAAUUUUUGCAACAGCUGCUGCCGACAAGGAGCCACUUCCAAAUAAAAUUCUUUCAUGUGUCGGCAUUAAGAUACUGCCUGCGGAUCGGAUGUCAAAUCGGGUGUGCCAUGCGUGCAUCAGUUUUCUAAAUUCAUGGCAAAGUUUCAAAAAUCGCUGCUAUGUCGCACAGAAAAAACAACAAAGUUUUCUCGAUUUGUUGUUGGCCAAAGAGCGUGCAAAGCAAAAGAUAGAAAAUGAUCGACAACGUCAAUUGCAGCAACAAGGCAAAACAUCAGCCAGCGAUGAUCAACAAAGAAUCCUGAAAAAUGCACUACUCAAUUCUACGAUGCGAGCGAACGCUGUUGGCAACACAUCGAUUGAUGUUAGUUUUAUCAAAGAAGAACCGGAAGAUAUAACUAGCGACAUCGAUGAAAUGGAUCCAACACAAUUUUUAGCUCAGGAAAAUGAUGACGAAAUGGAAAUCGAAGAACAUCCACCAAUUCUAGCAUCACUCGGGCUUACCCACAUCAGUCAUCAGCAACAGAAUACAGAAAAUGCCAACAAUGAUCAAAUGGAUGAAUCGUAUAGUCAGCAAAAUGUAAAUAAUUUAAUAGCAGGACGAUCACAAGCCAGUUGUACCAUUUGUCAUAUGCAAUUUUCAAAUCGAGCAAAUGCCCGUCGACACGAACGAAACAUUCACGGUAUUCGAAUAUCGGUUCAAGGUGCACAAACCAUUAUUCAGCAAAAAGAUAGGCCAGAGAUCUCAAUUACAACAUCAACGGCAGCUGCACCAACCGCUGCACUUAAAUUAAAGCGUCCGCUCGAUGCGCCAAUUAUAUAUGAUUACACCAAACCCGAAUUGUAUCGAACGUACUUGACCGAACCACGUUUGAAUUUCAUUCGACGUCAUUUGGAAUUUUUGGAACAAUAUCAAACGAUGACCUGUAAAUGUUGUAACAAACAAUUUCCCACAUAUAAAUUUUUCAUGGCACACAUGCGCAAAAAGUAUGAUACACUGUCACGAAACUUGUGCUUUAAAUGCUUGAAACAAUUCCAAACGAAGCCACAAUUCAUUGCACAUUUGAAGAAGCGAAAUUGUUUGAAUUUGUAUCGUGUAUUCAUGGCCGAUGAUACCAUAUCAAAAGAACCAUUGCCAAAUGCACCGAUUCGACAUGGUUCAAAGGAAAUUAUCGCAAAUAAAACAUAUGGAUGCCGUUUAUGCACUGAAACAUUCCGAUUGAAAUCGGAUUUCCGUACGCAUGUCGUCGACACGCAUAGUGAUGCACAAAAGAGCGAAGACGCUGGCAACAAUGCUUGCGGCUAUUGUAAUUUGGAAUUCGAAGAUGGAAACGAACGACGUCGUCAUUUCAGCAAUGUUGAAUGCAUGGUAUUUUUGAUGUGUGGAACAUGUGAAGAGAAAUUCAAUUCACAUCCAGAAUAUAUUGAACACGUUUAUGCAACGCACAUACCAUCGGCAAAUGAGGCAGAAACACCAAUUAAAAAUGAAUUUUUGCUCGACGAUGAAAACGGUCUACUUCCCGAAGAUCCAACACCGUCAACACAAUCAAAAGCACGAAGUCCACAGAAUUGUACUGUAUGUGGAAAACAGUAUAAUAACUAUUACAAUGUACUGCGACACAUGGAAUCAAAACAUCCCGAUCAAGUGCCAACCACAUAUCGUUGCGAUCGCUGCAAAAUUGGUUAUCCACGACAAGUUGAAUUGCGUGAACAUAUGCUACGAGUGCAUAAUGAACGUCUUAAAUUCGAUGCCAUUAAAAUGAAACGAGAACAAUUCAGUUGUCGUGAGUGCAAAGCGUCGUUUGAAAGCAAAGACUCUUGGCUGGCACAUCAAUUGGAUGACCAUUCGAAAUUUUGGUGUAAUCAAUGCGACGAAGAAUGCGAUAAGAAGGAAGAAUUUUUGACACAUCUUGCUUCACAUUCAGAAGCCAAAUCAUUCAAGUGUCCGGUGUGUCAACAUUCAUUCAGUUCGGAACGUGGUUUCGAAACACAUUUAUCGGUCGUACAUAAUAUGACCAAAGAAGAAGUGGCCGAAAGUAAUUUAGAUAAUAGUGACUUUGGUGAACUGCCAGUUGAAUGCGCUGUAGAAAUUAACGGUGAAGAUGAUACAGACAACGAUGACAUUAACGAUGCCGAUGAUUUGGACGGUAAUGAUGCCGAUAUCGAUGAAACACUUGAAAAACCAGCCAAACGAAUAAAACUGGAUUUAUCGGCAACCGAUAAUGAAAUAACUACACCGCCAAACAACGAGACGUCGUUGAGUACGACAUGCCGAAUUUGUAAACAAUCAUUUACAACACGAAUUCAAUUGAUGCAACACAUGAGAAGUUCGCAUAGUUCAGUAUCAAAGCUACCAUCGCUAACAUCUUCACCUCAUGUUGCCGUUCAAACGCAUAAUGUCAACAAUCGUUUGCGGUGCCGAAUUUGCCAAAAACGGAUUCACACGAAGAACGGUUACAAGCGUCACAUGCUUACUGUGCACAAUGUAAAAGAUUGUGUCUUUAUAAAAUGCACACUCUGUCCAUCGGAAUUCAGCAAUGACAAAGGAUUGAAAGUGCAUAUGUUCCGAACGCACAAUAUCACCGUUCAACAAAUGCAGGCCGACGAAAGUUUGGUACCAAUUCCAAAGCAAGAGUCAACAUCACCGACACCAUCACCAAUUGUGCCAAGAACCGAAUCAAAACAAAUGUUCGAAUGCAACAUUUGCCAUACGGUUUACCGUAGCCGAGAUCAAUUGAAAUCACACAGAAGCAUUGUGCACAACAUUACUGAUGGAGAUUUGAAUGAAACGGAUCUUUUGGAAUCGUUGGCCGAAGAAAAUGCGUUCACAGGUGAAUCGUGGUGGCAGUGUCGCUUCUGCAAUGAAUCAUUUAAUGCAUCGAAAAAAUUAACAAUUCACAUGAACAGUCACAGUGAAUAUGAUAACAAAGAAACCAAAUGCAAAGAUUGUGGAAAUGUGUACGGUACACGUAAGUCACUUUGGGUUCAUCGUCAAAAGAAGCAUCCACGUCUACCAAAUCCAUCGCCAUGUGAACUAUGCGACAAGACAUUCUUUGACAAAACGGAAUUAUUCUAUCAUUUGAAAACACAUUCAAACGAUGAUGUAUUCUCACACUUACAAGCAAUGCAAGAACAACUCGAGGCCGAACAAGAGAGCCGCCAAAAACAGGAACAAUCGAAUGAUGCACAAGAGAAUUUUUCGUGCCAUAUUUGUAGCCAACGAUUCCAUGAUAAACGUGUACUGAGCAAACACUUACGUGUACAUGAACAUCAGAAACAAACUGAAACGUCAUUCAAUAACUCAGCACUGGCAGCAAUGCUGGCCGAUACAAAUAUUAGUACCGAAGAAAAUCUUGGCGAAUACAGUUAUCCAUCGUAUAAGGGUCAAAUGGUUGAGAACGGUGAAUUUGCAUGUGAUAUGUGUCCGAAGAAAUUUUCACAUGUAAAUGCAUUAAAAGUUCAUCGUGGUUGGCACUUCCGUUCGCCGGACGGACGACAAAUUACCGAUAGUAAUAGCAUUUGGCGACCAGAUGUUGGCAGCAAUAAUAAAAAUAAACGUUCACGCGCAGCAAAUCCACCCGUAUGCCCGUUCUGUAAUUCAACAUUUGCAAGUGGCAAUAAUUUACGGCGUCACAUUGUCGAAGUUCAUAAACGAAACGAGGCGAAAAUGAUGCGUGAAAAUGGAGUAGAAACAACAUUCAUCGAAAAAGAAUGUGAAUGUGCUUCUUGUGGCAUUACAUUUAAUACCAGACCUGAAUGGGUAGAACAUAAAAUUUCGCAUGCUCGAACGAUGAAACCGAGCACCACUUAUGAAUGGGGAUGUGAAAUUUGUGGUAAAGUAUUUACGCGCAAGGAACGGCUAUUGGUUCACAUGACAUCGCAUAUGAAUGGUGGCGAAGAAGAAAUAAAUCAGCGCAAAGCUGAAAUGGGCUUUGAAAGUAAUUCACAAAGUUCGAUGUCAUCGUUGUCACAACAACAAUCAAACGAAGCGACAAGCUUACGAAAAAUAUCCGGUGAAACAAAAUCAAGUUCAUCAGUAUCGUUGCUGAAACAACCAUCGCUACUGAAGCAAUCGUUACAAGGAAAGACCACACCAUCCAUACAGAAUGAAGUGAAACUACCACUAAAAACCGAGUCAGUUGAAUCACUCGAUUUAGAUUACGAAAACUCGAAUUCAUAUGAGCAAGAAGAAGAACAAAAUAAUUCGUGCGGCUUAUGUGACCUGUUUUUCAAGAGUGCCAAGGAACUUAAGCAGCACGUUAAGAGUCACAUUGAAUCGAUCGGCGGUCAACCGGAGGAGUCCAACUUAGACGAAUAUGAUGAAGGAGAUGACGAAGAGGAGGAUGGACAUGAUGACGGCAAUGGCAAUUCGGACAUUGAAGAUCAUUAUGAAAUUGAUGAAGGUGUAGAAGGUGUAGAAGAAGAAAUGGGCGAAGAAGAAGCCGACAUGGUUGAAGAAGAUUUUGAAGAUGAUGAUGUUGACGAAGACGAACAUGAAGAGCGAAAACCCGAAAUAAGCGGUUUCAAUUGUCGUUUGUGCGGCAGCAGCAGUGAAUCACCACAGUCAAUGAUCAAAUGUAUGGAUAAUCAUAAUGUGAAAACCAGUAUACAAUGCGAACAAUGUCAAUUAUAUUUCACGAACAACAAUCAAUUAGAGAAUCACGAGAUGCUUUGCCAUCCGCAAGAGGAUUACGAUGAAGAUAGUGAUUAAACGUGCAUACAUACACGCAUAAAACAAAAAUCGUUUCAAACCGAUUUCCACAUGCACAUUAGUUUUGAAAAAAAAAAAGAAAGAAAAGAAAUCGUAUUUCAUUUUGUUGUUUAUAACUAGAACCCCUUCAAUGUGAAGGCGAGAAACUUUACUUAACAUGUAAUAUCUUUUGGAAGAGAAUAUUUAGAUAAUAGGUAAAAAUAAAAAAAACAAACAAGAAACCAAUUUUUUCGAAUCUUGAUACUAUAUAAAUUCAGCUGCUACUAUAUAAAUUCCGUGCCGCUAGAGCGUCACAAAAAUGUUCAUGGAUUUUAAUUUAAAGAAAUAUUAUGUAACGAGAAAACAGAAAGAAUUGAAAUGGUACAUUUUUAUGUAGAACAUAAAUAGUAAUAGUUAUGAUAUCUGAAGAAUAGUCAUUUCCAAGCGAUAAAAAUUCCUACCUGAAUAUCACAUGAAAUGAAAAUCAGUUUUAAAAAUUUACUUUUUUAAUAGAGUUUAUCUACGGAAAUAGAAUGCCAAAUUGUUUUUAAGUAUAUUUCGAUUGGUAGCUUGUUUUUAAUUGAGAAAGGAAACAAAUCUGUUUAAUAUCUAUUUUUGGGCGAAGGAUUCAUAUUGGUUGGUUUUAUUUUUUAUGCAGAGUUGCACUUCAAUGUGUGAUGGUAUACUUACGCGUCAUUCAUCGCAAAGAAUCGUUCAGAGCAAAUAAAUUAUAGCAUUCGAUUUUAAGAGUCUUAAUAGAGAUAAUAUCUUAAAGUUUAAAAAAAGAAAAAGAACUACAAGUUGUUCAUUUCCACACAAAAAAAUGAUAGAAACAAAAUUUCAAGUAAAAUUAAGUUGAAUUGAAAUCGAUUCAAUUUAAUAAAAUCAGUUUAAGAAAGACAAAUUAAUUUUAAUUCAAUUUCUCCACUGUAACAAUAUUUUGCAUUCGUAGCCGAUACACACACGUACAUAAUAAACAUGAAGAUUCAACCCCAACAUUGACA